UGACCUACAGCCACAUCCACUAUGCACGUCUCUUUUUGGUCGGUUGAACUUGAAAGAAGCAACUGGUAAUAAUAAGAAAUGGAAAGGGUGGAGAAAGUGGAACUCAUACAGAAAACAAUCAACCAAUUAAUAGAACAAGAACAAGUUCAAUCCAAAACAUGUCAUCUUCUUGAUGAGAGCUGCUUUGUUGCCGUUAAUAACAUCAUCCACAAACAUGAUGAUGAUGAUGAUGAUGAAGCCCAGCACCGCCACCAACUCCUCUCUCAACUUCUAAAUCAACUGGAUUCUUUAAAAGAAGAAACCCCACUUGAUCAAAUGAAUCAAUCAGCCAACUUGCAAGAAACUCCAUCAAUAAAGAAAGUUGAAGAAGCUGAAGAUGAUGUUGAAGUCAGAGAAAAAGAAGAAAAGGUUGUGAAAGAGCUAAGGAAGAUUCAAAAGCAGAAUUUUAUCACUCAUUGCCUUUUAUCAGCCAUGAUUGUCCUCACUGUGACAUGGCAACUAUCUGAGGUCUCACUCAUUUUAAAAAUGAAAGAUGGAUUAAAACAUCCCCUUAGAUCCAUGGGUAUUAUGCUCACAGGCUGGAUUAAGGGUCCUAAACCCGUAUUAAAUGGUCACGAAGGCGAUCUAAACCACUCUACGAAGCAACUAAAACAUAAAGUUGAGGCUAUGCAUCUCCCAAAGAUAAAAGUACCAGAUUUUCCCCAUAUGGAGUUGCCAUCUAUGGAUUUCAUCAAUGAAGAAGAAUAGCAUUCUGCUUUCAGUUUAUUAUUUCAAUUUCUAAACAGCAACUUGUGCAUGUAAUAGCUUGUACAUUGUAUGGAUAUAAGGGUCAAUAAGGAUUGGUUUGGUUAUGCAUGGA